AUGGAUAUUCCUGAUAGCAAAUAUAACUAUGGAAUUGUUAUCGAUUCAGGGUCUUCAGGGUCAAGAAUACAGAUAUAUAAGUGGCCAGAUCCAUCUUAUGUUGUAAAAAACACUCAGGAUAGUUCAAUCUUACAAUCUCCAUUGAAAAUUGUUCAAGAAGAUAAUUGGACUAAAAAGACUUCACCUGGUAUCUCAACUUAUCAUGAACCUACAAAGUUCAAAAAAAUAUGGCUGGAUCAUUAUUCUGAACUUAUAACAUUUGCGGAAGGCAUAAUACCUAAGGAGAAGCAUAAAGAUACCCCAAUCUUCGUAUUGGCUACGGCAGGAAUGAGAUUAUUGCCCCCUAAAGAUCAGAAGAAGAUUUUAAAAGAAGUCUGUUCAUCCAUAAAGUCCAAUACCAAUUUUUUGAUUGAAGAGUGUUCAGAGCAUGUGCAAAUAAUCGAUGGUUCAACUGAAGGAAUAUAUGGUUGGUUAGGUUUGAACUAUUUAAUGGGACAAUUCGAUAAUUAUGAGCCUACGAAAGUUCAUGAUUCGAUUGGUUUCAUGGAUAUGGGAGGGGCAUCCACACAAAUAGCAUUCCAUCCAUCGUCUGCAGAAGAUAUAGAAAAACAUCGUGAAGAUAUUGCUAUGGUUACCUUGAGAAAUAUCAAUGGAUUGACUCAAACUUGGGAUAUUUUCGUUGAAACUUGGCUUGGUUUUGGUGCCAAUGAAGCACGUAAACGUUAUUUGUCUCAAUUGAUCAACUUAUCCGCCAUAAAUCCUACAUCGGGGCAGAUUAACGAUCCUUGCUCUCCCAAGAAUGCCGAUUUCCAAUACACUUAUGAGGGUAAAAGCUAUGAUAUCAAAGGUAUUGGGAAUUAUGAAAUGUGUAUAAAGACCAUUUAUCCUCUCUUAUUAAAAAAUGUUCCUUGUAAAGAAGAACCAUGUCUUUUCAACGGUGUUCAUGGGCCAAAAUUAAAUUUUGAUAGUGAUAAGUUUGUGGGGAUUUCCGAAUACUGGUAUACUGCUAAUGACGUUUUCCAAAGUGGUGGUGAAUACAAUUUUAAAAUAUUCAACGAAAGAGUCAAGGAGUAUUGUGAAAGUGAAUGGCAAACCAUUUUGGAUAAUUCUAAAAAUGGUCAAUACUCAAAUUUGGAUCCUAAUAAGUUCUUGAUCGAUGCAUGUUUCAAAGCUAGUUGGGUAAUUAAUGUUUUACACGAUGGGUUUGAAUUGCCGAGAUUGGGGUUAGAGAUCCCAGAUAAAGGUGAAGGUGAAGGUGAAGAGAAAGAAAUCACCAAUGUUCAUGUGCCUUUUAAAUCUACUGAUUCUAUUAACGGUAAUGAAUUAUCAUGGACUUUGGGUAAAAUCCUUCUUUAUGCAUCAUCUAAGAUUCCUGCAAGCAGUGAGAAGGAUUUGAAGAUCGGUGUUUACCCUGCGUCAAUCACAGGUAAAAAAUUUAUACCUGCCGCUAGUUCCAUGAAAGGAGGAUAUGACUCCGAUGAUGAUGACGAUGACGGAAAUAACCUUCUACUUACCAUGUUGGUGUUCUUCAUGUUGUUACUUGGAGGGUAUUAUUUGAUCAAGUCCAAAGUAUUCAAAAACAGGAGAUUCAAUAAUUUCAAGAAAGCCGCAUACCACGAAAUAUCAAAGAUUCCUUAUAUUAAUCAAAUAUUUGACUUGGAGAAUAAGUAUAGUGCUAUGCAACAAUACGAACUCGAUGUUAGUAUGGAAGAAGGAACUUUAGCUUCGGCUCAAUCGUCACCCAAUUUGACACAACUUCGAACUAGAUCGGCACUUAAUUUAUCAGAAAUAGGAGAUUUGAACGAUGAAUUAAGUAAUUCUUUGGGUAACAAUCGUACUAAUUUCAUGAACAAACCUUUUGUUGUACCUAAAAAAGGGAUGUAUCAAAUGCAAAAUGGAAGUAGAGAUUCUUUACAACGUAGUGUAAGUGCUAUGUCUAUUUCCAGACCUUGA